UCACGCAAAACCGUCUUCUCACACAAUCGGCAAAAACAGCCACCGCCAUCCGCAACCACAAGCCAACGAUUCAGUUGUUCUUUGUUACCGCAGCGGGAAAAACAUGAACCCACCUCAACAGUCUCAAGUUUCCACCCAGGAUACCAGACAUUUCAGAAAGAUAAUCUAACCCAGUUAGUUUCAUAUUUAUAUAUAUACAUUCAUCAACGAUGAUCCCCUUCUUGUUUUUCAACUUCUUCUUCUUCAAAUGGCGAUAUUACUACUCAACCCUUUCGUCUCCAUCUUAUACUGUUCGUACUAUCACUCGCCGUGAUAGCAAAAAGCGAUCCGGCUCAAAACCCGACAACCACCACCAGUUCAUCCCGGUGGUUUGAGCAAGUGAUAAGUCGUCAUCGUCUUCAUCGUUCUAAUCAGAGGCAGCUAGGGUGCAGAUGGAGGCCGUGGAUUUGCAGGCGGGGAGAGCACCCGCCGGGAGCUCGGGUGCGGUGCUGCCGGAACCAAUGCGUCGACGUUUCAUCGGAUGUUAAUCACUGCGGUUUCUGCAUAAUCAGAUGUCCUUUUGGAUGGCAAUGCUGCAGGAGAUUCUGUGUUAAUGUCAUGUUUAGUCGGUUUAACUGCGGGAGAUGUGGCCAUAGGUGUCCCUGGAGGAGCCGGUGCGUUUAUGGGAUGUGCGGGUAUGCGUAGCCUUUUCUUCUUCCGUUUAUUCCGUUUAUUCGUCUUGUAUGAUUGUAGUCAACUGGCUGGUAUAUAAACGGUCAAUGGAAGACGAGUGGUUGACCAAAAUAUAGUACAGCGCGCGAAAAGACCUCUUUAAAUGCAACCCCCCAAAAAAAUGAAGUUCCAAAAUACUACCACGCGCUGAUUGUUUCUUGCUUCAAAUUGCUUUUCGUUGCUCUCUCUGUCUCUCUCUUUCAUUUGGAGCAGUAAAAAUGGAGGAAAUGGACGAAACCGAAGCUGUGCCGCAGGUCUAUAUGGCAUGCAUACUACAGGGUCAUCGAGUUGGAGUCGCUUAUUACGAUACAAGUAUUCGCCAACUUCAUGUGCUGGAAGUUUGGGAGGAUAGUAGCUCAGACUUUCCCCUUAUUGAUCUGGUAAAAUAUCAAGCCAAGCCCUUGAUCAUAUACACAAGCACUAAAAGUGAAGAAUCCUUUUUGUCUGCUAUAGAACGAAAUGAUGGAACAAUUGAGGCUCCAAAUGUGAAGCUUGUAAAGAGCACAAUAUUCAGCUAUGAGCAAGCAUGGCACAGAUUGACAUAUCUUCGAGUAAUAGGGAUGGAAGAUGGUUUAACCGUCAAAGAGAGGAUUUUUCAUCUGAGUUCUAUGAUGGACAUGGGGAGUGACGUGCAAGUUCGUGCUAGCGGGGGCCUCCUUGCCAUUUUAGAGAAUGAAAGGAUUGUUGAUACUCUUGAGCAGAAGGAAUCCGGGAAUCCAUCAAUAACAAUUGAUUCUAUACUAGAAAUUUCAUUAAACAAGUUUCUUAAACUUGAUGCUGCUGCUCAUGAAGCAUUGCAGAUAUUUCAAAUGGACAAACAUCCAAGUCAUAUGGGCAUUGGCAGAGCAAAAGAAGGGUUCUCUGUGUUUGGGAUGAUGAAUAAGUGUGUGACACAUGGUAGACGGCUUUUGAGAAACUGGUUCCUCAGGCCUAUUCUAGAGAUUGAAAAUGUAAAUGCUCGUCUUAAUGCAAUAUCCUUCUUCCUUUGUUCUGAAGAACUAAUGGUUUCAUUGCGUGAAACAUUGAAGUCUGUAAAGGAUAUUCCCCACAUACUCAAGAAAUUCAAUUCUCCAAGUUCCGUCUGUACAAGUGGUGACUGGACAGCCUUUUUGAAGAGUAUUGGUUCUCUCUUGCAUAUCCGCAAAAUAUUUGAGAUUGGCAUUUCGGAACGUCUUCAGGAGCAUGUGAAUCACUUGAAUUUAGAUAUUGUUGAAAAGGCCAGUUUAUGCAUCACAACGGAGCUAGCUUACAUUUAUGAAUUGGUAAUUGGUGUCAUUGAUGUGAAUAGAAGUAAAGAGAAGGGUUACGGGACAAUUGUGAAAGACGGAUUCUGUGAUGAGUUGGAUGAGCUGAGGCAAAUAUAUGAGGAAUUGCCAGAUUUCCUGCAAGAGGUUUCAUCAGUGCAGGUAGCAGAAUUUCCUCAUUUCUUUAAAUCAAAGCUUGAUCCCUGUAUCUUUUAUAUACAUCAAAUAGGGUACUUGAUGUGUAUAUUUGAAGAAAACCUUGAUGAAACCACAAUAGAGAAACUCCAAGACUUUGAAUUUGCAUUCUCUGAUGUGGAUGGAGAGACAAAACGAUUUUUUUAUCGUACGCCAAAGACAAGAGAAUUGGAUAACGUUCUUGGAGAUAUUUAUCAUAAAAUUCUGGAUAUGGAAAGGGCAAUUGCUAGGGACUUGGUAUCCCAUGUACUUUUAUUCUCAGAGCAUUUGCUCAAGGCUGUAAAAUUUACUGCUGAACUUGACUGCCUUUUAUCACUUGCACUGGUUGCUCAUCAGAACAAAUAUGUGAGGCCUAUCUUAACCAUGGAAGCACUGCUUGAUAUACAAAGUGGAAGACAUGUUUUGCAGGAAAUGGCCGUAGACACAUUUAUUCCCAAUGAUACAAAAUUUUUUGAUGAAGGUAGGAUUAGUAUCAUUACAGGUCCAAACUAUUCAGGGAAAAGUAUUUACAUAAAGCAGGUGGCUUUAAUUGUCUUCCUUUCGCACAUUGGAAGUUUUGUACCUGCAGAUUCUGCAACAGUUGGAUUGACUGACAGGAUAUUCUGCGCAGUAGGAAGCAAGUCUAUGACUGCAGAGCAAUCGACAUUUAUGAUAGAUCUACAUCAAGUUGGUAAAUCUCACAGGCAGGCAACUUCAAGAUCUUUAUGCCUCUUGGAUGAAUUUGGUAAAGGAACUCUUACAGAAGAUGGCGUUGGCCUGCUUGGUGGGAUUAUUAAUCAGUUCGCUACAAAUGAUGAUCCUCCGAAGGUUCUCAUGUGCACUCACUUGACUGAAUUAUUUAAUGAGAGUUUCUUGCCAAAAUCCAAGAAGGUCAAUUUUUACACCAUGAGUGUGCUGAGGCCUGACACCAAUUCUACAGAUGUUGAAGAUAUUGUUUUCUUAUAUCGCUUAGUUCCUGGAUACGCACCUCUUAGUUAUGGUCUGCACUGUGCAUUACUAGCUGGUAUCCCGGAGGAAGUGAUCAAGAGGGCAGCAAUCGUAUUGGAUGCUUUUGGGAGUGACAACUAUGUUGAGCGAUCAUGUAAUGAGAAUAUAUCAUUACAAGAUCAACAAUACAAAAAUGCAGUGGACAAGAUGAUGGCUUUUGAUAUUCUCAACGGAGAUCUCAAACUCUUCCUGCAAGACAUAUUUCGCUAAACCCUUACGAUAUUUCGCUGUAAAUCCUUUUCUUGAAGCAUCAAAAAUGUGCCUUACCAAAUUGCCCUCUUCUAAUUCUCAUAACUCUAUUGAGUUUUAACUAUUUCAUGAAUCUUCUGAGAAUUCUUGUGCAUCUGAUUGGUACUUUUGAGGUCUUCCUUCACCCAAUUUUGUUA